ACACCUCACUUCUUCAUUCUUUUCUUUCUUGUUCUUGCAUUUAUUUAAAGUGAGGGAAAGUGAGGGAGAGAAAAGAGAGUCGGCCAAGAGAGAGAAGAGGAAAAAAAAAUUUCAAACACCACUACCUUGCCACCUUUCCACCACCACUCAAAACCAUCAUUCGAUCUUUAAAUUCCAAAAGUCUAAAAGUUGUUCGGAUUCGUAGUUAAAAGAAAAUUAAUUUUCUUUUCAUCAAAUUCCAACUGAGGCGACGACACUCUGUUUCGACCCGACGAAUCCGUAACCCGCUACAGCCAAGAAGAACGAAGAUAAGCACACGAAGAAAAGGCUGCUCCAUCCAACACUAUAUAACUCAAAGGAGGGAGAGAGAGAGAGAGAGAGAGAGAGAGAGAGAGAGAGAGAGAGAGAGAGAGUAUUGCGCAUACAAAAGCUGAGAGAGAGAGAAAGAGAGAGAGAGAUAGAGGGAGAGAGAGAAUAUUGCGCAUACAAAAGCUGAUAACCAAAAUCAAGAAGAAGAAGAAGAAGAAGAAGAAGACAAAAAAACAAAAAACAAAGGGCAAUGGAAGAGGAGGGCUUCUUGUCGCACAGGUUGAAGUUAAUGGUGAUGUCUUUGUUGGUGUUGGUGUUUCUGCACAAGGUUUUGAACAUGCUAUGGUGGAGGCCAAGAAAGAUUGAACAACAUUUCAGAAAGCAAGGGAUCAAGGGUCCUCCUUACAUAUUUUUGAUAGGAAAUGCAAAGGAAAUAGUGAGCCUAAUGUUGAAGGCAUCUUCUCAGCCUAUGCCUCUCUCUCAUAACAUCCUCCCAAGGGUCCUCUCUUUCUAUCAUCAUUGGAGAAAAAUCUAUGGUGCAACAUUUCUAAUGUGGUUCGGGGCAACGGUUCGGCUCACCGUUUCGGAUCCGGACCUCAUCCGAGAAAUAUUCACCUCCAAAUCCGAAUUCUAUGAGAAAAAUGAGUCUCACCCGCUUAUUAAACAGCUUGAAGGUGAUGGACUUCUUACCCUCAAAGGAGAAAAAUGGGCUCACCAUAGGAAAAUCAUUACUCCUACCUUCCACAUGGAAAAUCUCAAAUUGUUGAUACCAGUGGCGGCAAACAGUGUGAGUGAUAUGUUGGACAAAUGGGUGGCAAUGUCGGAUUCGGGCGAGGUGGAAAUUGAAGUCUCCGAAUGGUUCCAAACCUUGACAGAAGACAUCCUAACUAGGACAGUGUUUGGUAGCAGCUAUAAAGACGGAAAAGCCAUUUUUCGACUACAAGCGCAGCUUAUGGCGCUCACAUCCGAGGCAUUUCAAAAGGUUUUCAUCCCUGGUUAUAGGUUCCUACCCACGAGAAGGAACAUGAAGUCGUGGAAACUGGACAAGGAAGUCAAGAAAUCUCUCGUAAAUCUCAUAGAGAGGAGGAGGAGGGAGAAUUGUUGCAACAAGACGCAAGAGGCCGGAGGCCCGAAGGAUUUGUUGGGACUUAUGAUUCGAGAGAGUUGGAAGGAAAUGGAAAUGGAUUCAAAUUCCUCUCCAUCGGCGAAGAUCAUGACGGUACAUGACAUGGUCGAGGAGUGCAAGACGUUCUUCUUCGCCGGGGAGCAAACGACGUCGAAUUUGAUGACGUGGGCGACAGUUUUGCUGGCUAUGCACCCCAAGUGGCAGGAGCUGGCACGUGAGGAGGUGCUCCAGGUGUGCGGGGCACGUGAUGUUCCCUCCAAAGAUGACAUUCCCAAGCUUAAGACGCUGAGCAUGAUUCUCAAUGAGACCUUGCGGCUCUACCCGCCAAUUGUGGCGACAAUCAGACGGGCAAAAGCAGAUGUUGAACUUGGGGGAUGCAAGAUCCCAUGUGGGACCGAGCUUCUGAUACCGAUCCUAGCCGUUCAUCACGAUCAAGCCAUAUGGGGCAACGAUGCCAAUAAAUUCAACCCCGCUCGAUUCUCCAAUGGAGUGGCCCGCUCGGCCAACCACCGGGUGGCGUGGAUCCCGUUUGGCCUCGGGAUCCGCACUUGCAUCGGGCAAAGCCUCGCGAUCCUACAGGCCAAGCUUACGCUCGCGAUCAUGUUGCAGCGCUUCUCUUUUACCUUAGCCCCGCAUUAUCAACAUGCGCCAACGGUUCUGAUGCUCCUUUACCCGCAACACGGCGCACCAAUCAUCUUUCGACGUCUGGUUGAUCCCAUGAUUGAUGAAGAUCAAGGGUCCUAAAUUUCCAUCAGAUAAAGUGCCUAUCCUUAGUGUGUGGGCGCACAAAAUUUUUGCACUCCAGUGACCAAAAUAUCAUCCAUUGUUGCAUUAAUUUUUAGGAUAUCCAUUUUAAGUUCCAUUUGAACAUAUAUUAUACUCUGACCCCCACAUUGUCAUGCUCAAGUGUUUUGCCAAAAAUGUGUAGAUACGGCAUAUAUGUAACGUUUUACGACAGGUGUUUAAGUCAACUUACUCGGACCUCGACUUUUCCCUGAGGACCAAUUUCGCCGCCUACUUGCAGUGUAUACUAGUUUUAGGAUAUACAUUUAGUUAAGAGUGGCUAAUUGCGCUCUCUCUCUCUCUCUCUCUCUCUCUCUCUCUCUCUCUCUCUCUAUCUAUCUAUGAAUGUAAUGUACUUAACACACGACUUUGUAAUAUUAUGCGUUUGAUAAUGUAAAAUACAGUUGUUUGUGAAGAUUUA